AUGCAAGGACAACCAACUCAGGUACAAAUUCAAGUUUGGCCCGAUGAAGUUCAACGAAAGAAAAUGAAAACCAAAGUGAAGAAGCGUUAUGUUGAGCAGUCUCCAUCUCCGAAUAUAAACCAAACUAAUUCGCGGGUGGUGCAGAUCACGUCUGAAAGUUCAAGUCCUUCCUUCUUAGAAGAUCCGAGCGGUUAUCUUGCACAACAGACUGCGCUUUUAAAUAACACAAUUAAUCGACAAACGGGUGUUAACAGUUUUGUGUGUAACAGCCCUCAGUCUUCUUCACAGUCUGGUACACCACCAACAUCAGGAGUGCCGUUGCCUAGCAACAUUAAACCAUACAGACAACCGCAGAUGGCCAAUGUGAAGACCAACGUGUAUAAUCCAACGCAGAAUCCUGAUAGUGCAAGCGCUUUAAUUGCUCCACCCAAGUGCACGAACUGUGAUCAUCAGCCCUCGCCAACGAAUAUUAUCGGCAAUGGACGCGUUAGUGUUAAUUCAGCGGGUAGUCAACCGAGUACACCUGAUCCGGUUACGUCUUCCAAUUAUAUGGAAAAGAACUCACCGGAUUCGAGACCGAUUCAAGGUGGAACUGUCAGUACCAGUAAUGUAAGCCCGAUUGCUUUGGAAGGCGAUGAUGGGGCUUCUGGUACAUCUGGAUCACCAUCACAGGAUGCGUUUUAUGUGGAGCAGUCUCAUACACAUCCACAGGUGCAGUUUUCGACUAGUCUACAGAAUGGACGAGGUGUUGUUACGACUAUGGCGAGUGGUAGAACUGUGGGAAGUAAUACCAUCACUUCUGUUUUGGCUGGAAAAGCAAAUACUGCUACUGUUUCGAUAUCGAAUCCGUCACCAGCGGGAUUACAGCAAUCUGCAACACGUUCCCCGUUGGAAAUGGUACAGAAUAUCGUGAGCAGUAUAAAACUACCGCAGUCACAGAAUUCUACAAUUAGUUUGCAAGGUUUAUCUCCUCAAGUUGUACAGAAGGGUUUGCCGCCUGGGCAUAUUUUGGUAUCUUCAGGUGGACAAUUGAUUAUGGCUACAACGAAUGCUCAGCAUGCUCAUCAACAACAACCUCAACAACAAAUGCCGCCGCCUCCACCAAAAAUACAAACAUCCAUGCCACCUAUAUCUGUUAGCCCAAUGAUUACGAAUGUUACCGCCUCUGUCACUCAGAUGAUACCAGCUGUUGCACAGCAGGUCCUGGGUCAGCAAACUGUUUUAGUGAAUGCACUUCCAGGGCAAUUUGUGCUGCAACCUGGUGUCACCAUGACUAUGGAUGGUAUGAACCAAUUACAACUGCAACCGCAGCUUGUUACUGGUAAUGUCAUUCAACAACAACUGCAACCUAGUCUUCUGAGCCCCGAGAAGAACAAGAAAGGCAAAAAGCGGAAGGUUUCUACUCCAACUGUGGCUUCUAUGCUGCAAAUAGCAGCGGCGCAACAAAAUCAAGGCGUGGUUGGUUUCCCGCAACAGAUUCAAAUGCAUAGUCCUCAGGGAUUGACAGCCACACCUGUUAUGCAGGCCUUGACGAUAGUUCCUGGUAAAGCGGGUGGUGCCCCUCAAUUUGUUAUGAAUGGGCAGAUGCCGAACACUGCGCAGAUUAUCAACUCCCAGUCACAACCCAUUAAUUUAUUACAACCAGUAAAUUUGGCACAAGGGAUGGUACAGAAUUUCCCGACGAUACAACAGUUUGUUCUACCAACGAAUCUCGCUGGAAUGGUAAUGAACGCGGAUGGUACCGCCACUAUUGUACAAGAUACCAACAUUGGUAUGCAAUUACAGCUGCAAAACGUGAACGGACAGAAUGUUCUUACGCCUGUUCAAACUAACAAUCCAAUGUGGCAUGGUUCUUCGGCCACAAGGAAAAUAAUUCAACAGCAGCAUAGCCCUGGUGCCCAGUUUCUCAGCCCAACUGGAGGUGGCCAAUUUGUGGCUCAAUUUAACGGACAGCUGAGUCCUUUGGUUGCUAGUGUCAGUCCUGGACAACAGGUCACUUUCAGUCCUCAAAUUCGUCCAACCACGGUCCAACAGUCCGUACAACAGCCGGAAUUUCUUACUUGCGGACAAACAUUGAUGGUACCCGCAAAUCUUGCAGCUGCAAGUCAAUCUACCACCAAUCAACAGAACACCACCUAUGUGCAACAAAACACUACUAUUGUCCAACAGCAAACCACAAUGCUGUCGAAUCAAAGUAACAGUUCGCAAUCACAUGGCCACACGCAACGCACCCCACAACCACAUGUACCACAACAACACAAUGUUCAAAGUCUACAGCAAAGUGUCCAACAAAAUGUGCAGCAAAACGUAGAAGGUUUUGUAAUAUCUUCGGAUAAGCAAAACAUACAGACAGUGCUGGUGCAACAACGGCAAAGUCCUUUACAGCAACAAAUCAACUAUCGGAAUAGUGUGUCCACUCAAACAGCGGUUAAUGGGCAUGCACAUAGCGUGACUACAUUCUGCCAAACCAAUACAAGCAGUACUAGUGCUGGAAGCCCUCCGGAUACAACAACUCUGAGUCCUUUGGCUGCAGGUGGCCAAAGUCCUCCUACCGCUGACACCACCACUCAUACUGGCAGCACUGAUGACGGAUUAUCGCCAGCACCUUCAAAUUGUUCAUCAACAAUGGCAAUGGUACAUUGCAUAUCAAGCAGUGAGCCGGAUUCCGCGGAAAUGGCAAGUCAAGAUCUCGACUCGACAAUAUGGCGAAACGGUUCCAAGAUGGAGUUUACUGAUAUCAACGCUCUAAACUCCCAUCUUCGAAAAACUACACCCACACGAGUUGCCUAUGCGGAAUCUUCAACAAUGAUGCAUUUCCUUUCAGAUGGAAUGCACAAAGGGCAUGAAAACAAUGUAGUGAGCAGUCGCAACUUUGAAAAACCGAAAAGAAAACAUAGUGACACUUUGAUCGUAAUGGAAACACGUCAUUCUCGUUCAUUGUUCGAUGACGACGAUCAUCACGACAUGACGGGCCUACAAAAGAAUGUAUUUGUCGAGGGUGACCUGGUAUGGGGCCCGGCGAAAGGCUGUCCGGCAUGGCCUGGUAAACUGAUGGCGGUGAAAAGCCGCGACGCGGUCACCGUCCGGUGGUUCGGCGGCGGCGACAGGGCCCUCACCGACAUUGAUCCCAGUGUAUUGCAGACACUCACCGAGGGCUUAGAUGCUCAUCAUCGAGCGAGCAAGAAGUCCAGGACGGGGCGUAAGUUGAAUGCGCAGCUGGAGAAAGCUAUUCAAGAAGCCAUGGCCGAACUGGAUCGGAUAUCAAAUGAAGACAAACCAAUUUCUGAUGUGGAAUCAACACAUUCAGAAAGUAAAGCAGUUGAUGUAAAGAACAAGAAUGAAGACAAGAAGAAAGCGGGACGAUUGCGUAGUAGUCGGCAGACAUGAAAUUGACCAACACGAUUUAAGUGAAAAUUACGAAACACAUUUAAUCACCCCCUAAUAUACAACUAAAUCAUGAUUACCAAAGAUGACGUUAAGCUAACGCCAGAUUUUUAAGAAAUUUGAAUAUACAUUUUAAAAGAAAGGCGUCAAAUGCAUUGCAUCACAGAAUUUAGGAAAAUCAAUUAGGAUAAGCCAUAAAUGGACAGUUUUAUUACAUUUGUAGCAUUUAAUAUUUGAACAACUAUGAAGAUAUACAAUUUACGAUUAACAAAACUAAACUACAUUACUAUGAGGUUGUUCAAGAUGGCGUCUCACGAGGGAACAAACACUAUUUUCAGCUCAUGAGUGAAGAUUCAUCGGUAUACUUUGUAUUUUAACUUUGACAGAUUUUUGCUCAUCAGCUACCAUUGGAAAUUUCCUCGAGUGACUGGAACACUACAAAAUUUGGAUGUAAAAUGUUUGGGCUUUCAUAUAAAAGUAAAGUUAUUUAGCGUUGAAUGAACGCAAUCGAAACAAUGAACACAAAAACGUAUAAAACAAGAAAAUGCAAACAUAUUACGUUGAUUAUUGUCGAUUUUUCCAUAGAGAAUCUGUUAAUUGGAAUUUAUAGAUGUGCAAACAAGUAAUUAUCCAAACAUUAUAAAAAAUACUAUCAUUAUCCACGAAUUAAACUAGUCAUUGUGACGAACACAAACAAUAUUCGACAAUAACAAACAAAUGAAGUAACUGCAGCAUGAAUUAUCAAUUGUUUAAUUAAAUUUUGCAUUCCAUUGAAUCCACGAACAUGUUUACACUGUGAUAAAUAAUGGAGUUGCAUUCUUUUCCUGUUUUAUUCGAUCCGAACCACCAGCACAAUCAGCCGAUGCAAAUACAUUCACACUAAUAGACCUAACCGGAAGUACAGUACAGGAAUACACUCUACAAUAAUAAUUAAACAAGAAAUAUUCAUAUUACAGAAGAAUUGCAAACAUAUUUUAGUAUCACUUUAUUAAGCGAAUCAAAACGUGUAAAUUGCGCCAUUAUUUGUGCUACGAUUACAUGAUAACAUAAAAUAGUAACCGAUAUCGCUAAGCCAUGCCAUGCAGCCAGUAAAAAUGCAAUGCUUUUUCUGUUCGUGCUCGUACUUAAUCCAAAAUUUCACAUUGAUGCGAUAGUCAUUAAAUGUACAUAAUAUAAAUAUCGACACUAGAUGAUAACUGAUACCUACACAGACAUAAUCAAAAUUUUGAUAACAAACUAAGUAUCUAACUUAAGUCAUUUAUGCAUGCAGGAAAUAGUAGCUUCGAAAAAGUAAAAAGUCGACCUUGAAUAUGUUGGGAAAAUUAUUGAUUGGGGGAUGAUGCGAGUGUCAAAUGUGUGGAGAAAUGAUGCGUUUAAAUUUAUUCUUAAAUUAAUUACAAAUAAGUAUAAAUUUGUAUAUAAAAUAUUUUUAUAAAUGUAAAAUUAUUUAUUGAUUUAUUAAUUGAUGAUGACGAAUAUUGAUUGCUUCGAAGCUGAGUUGUAUUAGUUGACUGGCGAAUGUGAUGAAUGUGAUUCGUCCGGCGUGUACAUUCGAGUUGUAUUAUUAGUUGUUCUUUGUAAAUCUUCUCUGUACAUCACUUAGUUUUAUUGUAAAGUAAUAACAAACUGUCGAACGCGGAAGUUGCGCCAACGGUAUUUUAGGUAUGUCGAAUGAUUUAUUAGAUAAAUGAAGACGUCGGAUGAAUUUGCGAAAGCACACGACGAUGAACCUCUUUUAUUAUAGUAUUUAUUUUGCAAACAAGUUUAAUUAUUAAUUAUGCAUAUAGUUUUAUUAUACAUACAUUUCUAUUAUUAUUGAUUGUGUACAUAGUAUAAACAUAUAUAUUUUAGAGGUACCUGUUUCUAUGUUACAAUUGUGGAUUGUAGCCCGGUGUCAUUAAUAAAAAAAGCAACAAUUAUAAUGAA